AUGGACGGUCAUAUGGAGGAUACUCUGCAGAGUCUCGUUACCACCGCUCUCCAUCUCGACAUGAGUACCGGCGCAAUCGAUCAAGAUCGCCAUCUCGAUAUGAGCAUCGGCGCAACCGAUCAAGGUCGCCGUCUCGAUAUGAGCAUCGGCGCAACCGAUCAAGGUCGCCGUCUCGAUAUGAGCAUCGGCGCUAUCGAUCAAGAUCACCGCGCCCACAAGGGACUCAACGUCGACGAGCAACACCGUCUGGAAGCCAUGAGGAAUCGGUCAGAGAGACGAGAGCAGAACUCUUCUUCUCAUCCGGCGACAAGUACCACACUCCCCGGAGGUUGGGAGUCUACCCUUCGACCUGCGCUUGUAGAUUACUUCGGGACCAAUAGCCAAACCACAAGCGAUGGCACCUACAAACUUUGUGCCAUCGACAACAGUCUUGGCGGUGGGCCACAAUCAAAAAUUUACACGUCGUCACAAGACGUAGCCACUGGCCAGGCCUUAUACCACAUGGUAAAGGGCGACCCGAAGCUCAGAGAUGUGAGCAUCAUCAUCAUGGGAGGGGCUCUGCAGAGGCAAUCAAGAAGCGACGGGUUCAGCUACGGGUUCAGCGUGCACAUAAGGCCUGUCUAUGGUCGUAUAAGCAAACGCGACCCCUACAAGUUGCUCUUCAAUUUAAAAGCACGUGCCAGAUCUGAUAAGAAGUCGUAUGAAGUCAUUGAGGACGACAUCAUACACGCGCCAGACCCUUCAAUGGGAAGGGAUGAGCAAGCUCAUCGUAUGAACGUGGAACCAAUACGAGAAAGCCCGGACAUGAACAUGACUGGAUCUACGCUUGCUGGUCUGAGCUCCGCUAUAGAAGCUCAAAGCGACGCCACGGCACCGGCUACGGCCACGUCGUCAAAUAAUCAGGGUGGGAGUAAAGUGGCAGCAGAUAUGGAAUCGACCAAUCUGCAUGUACCCGAAGGCAGUAAAUGA